AUGACGGCUUCAAAUCAAACAGGUUUUACCAGCAACACCACCACCACCACCAACAACAACAACAACAGCAGCAUUAGUGGUAAUAUGAAUAAUGAUAAUAAUACCAUGAUUUUUAUUGUAGCAACCAUUAUUUUUGCUCUUGUGAUUGCACGUGUGUUGGCCAAAUAUGUACUUCGAGGUGCUGGUAUUACUUCCCGUCAUCGUCACUCGGCUUUACUUAUUGGUCUCUGCGGGAGUGGUAAAACGGCACUCUUUGCACAGUUGAUCGCACAGAAACGUAUCAAGACACGAACAAGUAUGAAGGCGAAUCGCGCCGUUAUGACAUUACGGUCAAAACAUAGCAUUACAAACAAUGGAAAACAGGAGGAUGAUUCUACUGAUAAUAAAUUAACAAAAACGGUAUCUAAUACUAAUACUAAUACUGCUGCGGUAGGUGCACCUGUUGAAGUGGUGGAUUACCCUGGACAUCGUCGUUUGCGUGACUCACUUACAUCUGAUUUGGAAGAGGCAAAUAAAGUUAUUCUUGUUGUGGAUACAGUUACUAUACAAGAUGAUCGUCAAGAAGGAGCUCAGGCAUUAGCAGAACUUGUAGUUUCUGUAUUUACUUCUCCUGCUUUUUAUGGUGUAAAACGUGUUUUGGUGGCAUGUACGAAGAGGGAUGAAUUAACAAGUUACUCUGCAAAAGCGGUAAAGAAAAUUUUAGAGGCGGAGAUUACACGUUGUAUUGCUACACGGCGUGGUGAUGUGCAGAGUCUUGACAGUAUUGUCAAUGCAUCUGGAAUUGCUGUUGGGCGAAAAAAGAAUAAAUCUGGAGCUAGUGGUAGAAAUAAUAAUAGUAAUCUCAGUAGAGGUGGAAAAGUACAUGAAUUGUUACUGGGGGAAUCGGGCAAGUUUACCUUUGAUGACUUUCCGGUUCCUGUUGUGUUUGUGGAUGUUUCUUCCUACGUCUCACCUACAGAACACCCGUUUAACGUGGAAGCUGUGCGUGAAUUUGUGGAUGAGAAGAUAUAA